CCUCUCAGAACAAAUAAACGCAGCGAACCAGCCUGCCCACUGCCUCACCGUCUUACUACAUGGGAGGGUUUGCGUUUAACACAUGUAGGCUGUCAUCCUGAAUUUGUCUCUUUGCCACCUGAGAAGAAGUAGUGGAAAAUGGGGGGGACAUUUUUUAAUAUGUGAGUGGGAGGCAAGUGACCGUGAAUUCCUGUGGCCAGCCAUCCAAGCUGAUUCUCCAGGGUGCAGUUCAGAAAGGUGGAAAAAACCAUUGGGAAUGGCAGGUAUUAGAUUUUGCCGCACAGUGGAAUUUACCUGGCCGGGUAGCUAACCAGCGUCAUUUCUGAGCCGCGAUGGAUGGUGCGCUUGUUGGCUUUGGGGAUGUCUUUUUCUCCAGACGGGGCCUCCUGUGGAACUUGACUUCCACAGCUCUAAGGAGGUGGCACAUAGCGAAUCCGAGGGCUUUUUACCUGCUGGCCAAACCCAGGUGCAUCCCAAGGACCGUGUACCAGAUGACAGAGGGGCGGCGAUGUCAGGUCCACCUUCUCGAUGACAGGAAACUGGAGCUGCUGGUGCAGCCCAAACUCAUGGCAAAAGAUCUCCUUGACCUGGUGGCAUCCCACUUCAACCUGAAAGAGAAAGAGUACUUUGGAAUAUCGUACACAGAUGAGACGGGUCACUUCAGCUGGCUGCAGCUGGACCGUCGUGUCCUGGAACAUGAGUUCCCCAAGAAGUCUGGCCCGGUGGUGCUGUACUUCUGUGUCAGGUUUUACAUUGAAAGUAUAUCCUACCUGAAGGACAGUGCAACUAUUGAGUUGUUUUUCCUCAAUGCCAAGUCCUGCAUCUAUAAGGAGCUCAUCGAGGUGGACAGUGAGGUGGUCUUUGAGCUCGCCUCCUACAUACUGCAGGAGGCAAAAGGUGACUUCACGAGUAAUGAAGUCACGAGGGCGGACCUGAAGAAGCUGCCUGCUCUACCCACCCAGGCACUGAAGGAGCAUCCGUCUCUGGCUUACUGUGAGGACCGGGUGAUCGAGCACUACAAGAAGCUCAACGGUCAGUCCAGGGGCCAGGCCAUCGUCAAUUAUAUGAGCAUAGUGGAAUCUCUCCCCACAUAUGGAGUCCAUUACUAUGCUGUAAAGGACAAACAGGGUAUUCCGUGGUGGCUGGGACUGAGCUACAAAGGCAUCUUUCAGUACGAUCACCAGGACAAGGUGAAGCCCAGAAAGGUGUUCCAAUGGAGGCAGCUGGAGAACCUGUACUUCAGAGAGAAGAAGUUUUCUGUGGAAGUUCAUGACCCUCGCAGCAGGGCGUCGGUGACCCGAAGGACGUUUGGCCACAGUGGCAUCGCGGUGCACACCUGGUAUGCCUGCCCCGCCCUGAUAAAGUCCAUCUGGGCCAUGGCCAUCAGCCAGCACCAGUUCUACCUGGACAGAAAACAGAGCAAGUCAAAAAUCCAUGCGGCACGAAGCCUGAGUGAGAUCGCGAUUGACCUGACGGAGACUGGAACACUGAAGACUUCCAAACUGGCCAACAUGGGCAGCAAGGGAAAGAUUAUCAGCGGGAGUAGUGGGAGUCUUCUGUCAUCAGGUUCCCAGGAGUCGGACAGCUCCCAGACCGCCAAGAAGGACAUGCUGGCUGCCCUCAAGGCCAGGCAAGAAGCCCUGGAGGAGACACUGCGGCAGCGACUGGAGGAGCUCAAGAACAUCUGCAUCCGAGAGGCAGAACUGACUGGCAAGCUGCCCAAGGAGUACCCCCUGGACCCGGGCGAGGAGCCUCCGACUGUCCGCCGCAAGAUUGGCACAGCGUUCAAGCUGGAUGAACAGAAGAUACUGCCAAAGGGAGAGGAGGAGGAGCUGGAGAGGCUGGAGCGGGAGUUCGCCAUCCAGUCGCAGAUCACCGAGGCGGCGCGGCGGCUGGCCAGCGACCCCCACGUCACCAGCAAGAAGCUGAAGAAGCAGCGGAAGACCUCCUACCUGAACGCCCUCAAGAAGCUGCAGGACAUCGAGAACGCCAUCAACGAGCACCGUGUCCGCACGGGCAAGAAGCCCACGCAGCGGGCAUCGCUCAUUAUAGAGGAGGCGAAUCUCGGCUCUGAAGACAGCUCCCUGUCAGACGCUCUGGUCCUCGACGACGACGAUUCUCAGGGGACGGUCACCUUCUCGCCCGCCGCCUCCCCCCACAGGGGCCUGCCGCCCCGUCCCCCCUCCCACGGCCGGCCCCCGCCCCCACAGUCCCUGGAGGGGCUCCGCCACCUGCACUACCAGCGCAGCGACUACGACAAGUCCCCCAUCAAGCCCAAGAAGUGGAGCGAGUCCUCGCUGGACGAGCCCUACGAGCGCGUCAAGAAGCGCUCCUCCCACGGUCACUCCAGCAGCCACAGGAGGUUCCCCAGCACGGGGAGCUGCUCGGAGGCCGGAGGGAGCUCCUCCCUGCAGAGCAGCCCGGUCAGGACCCUCCCCCACUGGAGCUCGCAGUCCAGCAUGCCCUCCACCCCUGACCUGAGGACCCGCGCCACGCACUACGUCCACUCCACCAGGUCUGUGGACCUGAGCCCCACGCGGCUGCACAGCCUGGCUCAGCACUUCCGCAACCGGAGCUCCAGCCUGGAGUCGCAGGGCAAGCCGCUGGGCUCGGAGCCCGAGACGGGCAGCCCGGACUUCUGCACGCCGGGCACGCGCAGCAGCAACGGGUCCGACCCGCUGGACGACUGCUCGUCCUGCGCCAGCCACUCCAGCUCCGAGCACUACUACCCCGCCGCCCCCUCGUCCGCCGGCAACCCCAACUACUCCACCCUGGCCGAGGACUCGCCCUCCAAGGCCCGGCAGCGCCAGCGCCAGCGCCACAAGUCCGCCGGCCAGCUGGGCUCCUCCAACUCGGGCAGCAUGCCCAACCUGGCGGCCAAGAACGGCGUGGGCGGCGGGGGCGGGCACCACGGGGUCUACCUGCACAGCCAGAGCCAGCCGUCCUCGCAGUACCGCAUCAAGGAGUACCCGCUGUACGUGGACGGCAGCGCCGCCCCGGUGGUGGUGCGCAGCCUGGAGAGCGACCAGGAGGGCCACUACAGCGUCAAGGCCCAGUUCAAGACCUCCAACUCCUACACGGCCGGCGGCAUGUACCGCGAGGCCUGGCACGGGGCCGAGGAGGGGGGCGAGGGCGGCGGCGGCGGGGGCGGGGGGAGCGGGGGGCGCCUGACCCCGUCCCGCUCGCAGAUCGUACGGACUCCCUCCUUGGGCCGGGAGGGCGGGGGCGGGGGCGGGGUGAGCAGGACGGCGGUUUCGGACGAGCUCAGGUGCUGGUACCAGCGCUCCUCCGGGUCGCUGAAGGAGCACGGCAGGAGGGAGCAGGGCGGGUCCGGCGUUUCGGACGGCGGCUCGCAGUACGGGACGCUGCAGAGCGCCGCGGGACACGGGCGCAUCAGGAAGGCCAAGGCCUCCUCAGCUGCUUCGCCUCAGAGCCAGCGGAGCGCGACCCCGUCCAGCGAGCUGGCCGCCACGCCCCCCUGCAGCCCCCAGCACAUCCUCAGCUGGCAGAGCGGAGGCACGGCAGGAAGCUCUCCUACUACUGAGGACCGACCUCAUUCUCCAGCCCACCAAAGCACUGACGAAUAGAGCUCAUACAACGACAAAUGUUUCUUGGACAGUCCUCUGUACUCGGAAUUGGCAGACGUCCAGUGGUAUGGACGAGAGAAGGCUAAGCCGGGGACACUGGUCUGACCCCCCCCCCCACCACUGUCGCCCCACCUCCAACCCCUCACACGAGCAUCCUCCGGGCUUGUGAGUCUGUGGGCGGAACUUCCCCCAGACCAGCCCUCCUCUGGAAGCACCACCCCCCCCCCCCCCCCUUAUCACACCCAUGCCCAGCGCUGGGCUGUGGGCUCGACCCCUCCCCCUCCCCUCAUACAGCAGGGGACUCUGGGACCCUUUGCCCCGUAGGACUGGACAGCACCGUGAGCCAGGCCCCAGACCUACUGGUGGGCACCAAGUCCCCCCAACAAGCCCACAGCAACCGCUGUAUGCACAAACCGGAACCUUCCAACCACUGUGGGAGUUUGUGACACAAAGCCACAAGUCUGAUCGCUCAGACAUAAUCCAUCUCCAGCGCAAUACUGAUAUCUCCAUACUGCAGAGUGAGCCUAUCGUCUAGCUCAACCAGGAUUAACCUCUCUCUUUUUUUGACAAUGACAGCACACUCUUUCAUCAUUCCGGAAACUCCUCAGCCCGAACCAGAGGAUCUGGAAAAAAUAUGGGUUGAAAUGGAGGUUCUUGUAACAGACCAAUACAUGUUUUUUAAUUUUUUUUAGUUUUUUGUUUUGUUUCCUUAAAAAAAUAGCUGCAAAGACAGAUUUUUGCCAUCUCUUGAAAAUCUCAAACAAUUUUUAAGGAGGAGUUUUCCUCUUGGAUGUUGUGUGAGCGUCCCCCUGUUGGAGUAUCCCCACAUAAGUCUUUGUCCGCCACAGUGCAUCUCCUGAGCCCCUCCCACUACCAAAGAUCCACUCUCCUAAAGGAACGCAGGAUUUGAUGGAGGUUGACCCUGACCAAUCCUUUUAAGCAGCACCAGCUUUUAAACAGCACAGUGUCCAGCAUGGUCCAGACACCCCCCCCCCCUCCCCUCCAGUGCUGGAUUCCCUAGCCGUAACGGUAAUGUUUCUGCCGGAACUGAUCUGUUUGACUUUGCGUGACUGCCUUCCUGGCACUGCACGGUGAAUCCCUCCCCCACUGAAACCGCACAAAACUGAGGAACGGCGUCAAUGUACGUUUGCGUCUCCAGCUCUCUUGGGAUCGCUGGAACUGUCGCUUCAUUUAAAUGUUUCGGUGUCACUCAAACCCUUUCUACAUGCCUUUCCUGUCACGUGACCCCACACAUAUAAUUUGGUAAGAUGAGACUGCAUUUUUUUUAAAGAGUUUCUGGUAUUUGUCUACAGCCAGGAGAGAUUUGGCCAAUCAGAUCUCAGAACCUCAGAUCUCAGCGUUUGCACAGUGGUCCAGAUGCCAAUGUAGUGACUAAUUAGAUUGUUUAGAGUCCAGUGUUAGCGGGUGAUUAGCGGUGAGAGGUACCCUUAUGAGGAUCCUUGUCUCAGGGUGUCAUAAGUGCCCAAGUUCUCACUCCGGAUCAACAGAAGUGCCAGUCCACUAUGGUGCUCUAUCACCUGUGUGGCCUGUAAACAGCCAUGCAGCAGAAAGUCAAUGAGCCAACAGUGCUAACCGCCUAUAAGUACUCAGUAUGCAGGUAGACACGAGGUCGCGUUUUCUCCACCUGUGUCCUACCAAUCACAGCGCCACAUUUUUGAGCCGCAGCCUCAUUGUGCAGUGGCCAGCAAUCAAGUACAGCUUGUGUCCGUAUUUUACCAGUGGUUUAUUGGCCUGGUUUAUUGGCCACCGCAACUGCAACAUAACCUGCAAUGUAGCCACAACCUGAAAAGGUUGUUGAAGCAUUCUCUGAUCGAAGCCCUUGGGAAUAUGAACGGAGGUGCACUGAAUACAAGGCAUGCUAUUGCAACAAUUAGGUCUUGGUUCAGUAAUGUUAAUAACACGAAAUGCUCAGAUUUGAAAGAAAAUGAAAGACUUAAGAGAUUUUGCAUUAAGACGUAUCGGUAGAAUAAAAUUCUUUAUGCUACUGUGGUCACUUUAACAUCACUUCUGGUUAAAUGAUAUUAACUACAAUUGGGGCAAUAAACCCCACAAAUGCUAGCCUAAUCCAUACCUCUUGUUCGUUCAGUUCAUCAUUGCUAAGGAAGUUUUCAUACAGUAAACCCCAGUGUUCAGUGAUCUCAGAUUGCACUAUGUCUCACUGAAAACAAGGCUGUCUUUUUUUUUUUUUUUUUUACUGAACAUUGGAAAGACUGUGAUGGACUAUCAGGGUGCUGUCAUUAAGAGAUCAUCAAUGCAUGCUGAUUUACUACGCCUUAUCCAGAUUUCAUCAGCAGAUGUUAUUGCACAAAUAGCAUAUUGUUGUAAGAGAACAGUCUGAGGGUCAACGAUAUUUCACUGUUUAAAAUAUACUACAGUCCAGGGAUUUCCAACUCUGGUCCUGCAAUUUUAUGUCAAACAUUAAUGUUCAAAGUAAUGAAUAUUCCAUAUUCAUUUAAGGACUUUAAUCUGUGAGAUCAGUUCUCAGGCAACAAAUGCUUUUGGUUACAUUUAGUAUUGUAACCAAAGAUUCUGAGUCCUAGAUUCUGAAAGUGUGGACAUCUCGUACUGGAAACUAAACCAUUCAUGGAAAAUGAAGAGUUAAAUGAUGAAACAAAUAGAAAUGAGCCAAACCCAGACUGUGAAAAUCUGUUUCAGAAAAAAAUUGUGAAACUAAAACACUUGAUUUCAAAAACCUUAAUUAAUCAAAAGAUUGGGUGGAACAAAAAACAACAUGCAUAGGAGUACUCCAGGACCAGGGUUGGCUACCUCUGCUAUAGUCAGCGUUGUGUUCUCUCUCUCCACAUAGAGAAAAUAGCACAUUUUUGUAUCUGGAAAAAUGCACUUCUGCAGAGACAAUGCAUUUGUAUCAUUGUUUUAAAACAAAGCUGAGGGACUUGAUAUAUGGGGUGGGGGUCUGUGAUAUAUUAGAAGUUACUUGGGUUUGAGCUGUUGUAAAAAAUAUCUUGCUUCAUUACUUCAGUUGUGGUAAUAUUCCACUGAAAACAGGGUUUUACGCCACCGUGUUGAGCUAUCUGCCAUUACAUUUGGACUUGGUGGAGGUUCUUUAUAGCAUCAGCUAUACAAAACAGGAUAAAAUAGAGAUAUGUGGAAGCCAUACGUCUGACUUUCCUUCCCCCACAUGUACACACUUGCAUUGAAUUUAUAUUUUAGGAACUAAAUGCGUAUUAUAAAGCACACCUUUCUGCCAAUCAAAAUGGUUGACAUUAUAUGAUGUGUGGUGAUGGGGGUUGCGAGUAGUGUUUGGUAGAGAUACAAGAGACUGGAGGGUUAUCCUUCCCUACAGGUCUGUACAGACUAAAGGGUUGCUGUAGCAAUACAGAACAUGUAACCAGGAUAAUCUGAGAAUGUGGCAGGCCUCAAAUUUCAGUUAGAAUUCAGAGUUUGAAGCUCAAAGGAAUAUCUCUGAGCAGACUAAAUUAUGGUGAGAGUAUGAAUUGUAAACGUAUCACUGUUCAGUCCCAUUUGUCCACAGAUUCCCAGAUUAUUGUCGAAGUCCUUAACAUGUUAGCCCCUCACACUAUAUUGGUGUGUUACUGACAUUCCAAGUGUAGUAAAUGAAGAGGUCCCAUUCAGUGCCCAAGAAGGACAUUUCCUGUUUCUUCCAAAGCAUGUUACACAGGUACAUUGUGGAUCCUGGAACAAAUCACUGAAAGUGGCUGUCAAUUUUAAACAGUGCCCUUCUUGAGGGAGGACCAUUCUGUCUCCAUAACCCUGUGGUAAUUUAUGAUCAUCAAACCCAAAACUGUGUUGUACCUUCUACCUAUUCACCAUCACAGCAUUGCUGUAUUUAUUCAGAAUAAAAGUAACUUUUUAUAUAUAAAGAAGAAUUAACUAACACAUCUGUCAUCAUUUACAGCAGUGGAAGGCAGGCUGUCUUUAAAAAAAAAAAAAAAACCAUUGACCGUUGUUUUAUUGAUGUCCAGUUAUUUUUUAGGUAAAUCCGUAUUAGAUUUUAGUUCAGGCAUAGUAACAACUCUUUCAGGUGCUACAGAAUGAGGUGUGGAAUUUCUUUUACUGUCAUCAAUAAUCCUAAUAUAAGUUGUGCAAAAUGAAGGACUUUAGUUUUAAACUAAAACUCUCCCUCCAUCUGACAGUACAGCAUGUAUCUGGAUUUUGUUAGGUUCUGUUCGACUGUAACCAAACAAAAGCUAUAUGUUGUAGAAGAAAGAAAAUGUGGAAUUGUAACGAGAAACAAAUUCCGCUGUUAAUUUAUUCUUUUUUUCUAUUAAGAAUUUGUAUAGUAACUUUACAUUUUUUCAAACUGUGUUGUUGGCAACCGAUAAUGAAUUUUUCCAGAUGAGAAAACUUGGUGGUUCUUGAGAUUAUGAAAAUAAAUUAUUGCUGAAUGUUCUCAAAAUGGAA